AUGAUGUGCGAGCAAAGUAUCAUCGGGGCCCGGGCCUCGGUCAUGGUGUACGAUGACGUGCAGAAGAAGUGGAUCCCAUCGGGCAGCUCGUCCGGCCUCAGCAAGGUGCAGAUCUUUUACCACCAGCAAAACAACACGUUCCGCGUGGUCGGCCGGAAGCUGCAGGACCACGAGGUGGUCAUCAACUGUGCGAUCAUCAAGGGCCUGAAGUACAAUCAGGCCACCGCCACGUUCCACCAGUGGCGCGACUCCAAGUUCGUCUACGGGCUGAACUUUUCCAGCCCACAGGAUGCGGAAGCGUUCGCCCGCGCCAUGAUGCAUGCGCUCGACGUGCUGAGUGGACGGGUCCCGCCACCGUCGGCCAUGCAGACGACCAAUCCGAACCCGAACCAGAUGGCGGCGUACGAGGAGGACAUGGGCUAUCGCACGAUGACGCGCGAGGAUGCGGCCAUCAUGCAGCAGCAGCAGCAAAUGACCAGCCAACCACCGGGGGUGGGUCCUCCACAGCCACCACCCAACACGAUACCGGGUCCGGGCGGUGGCAUCCUGUCCCCACAGACGCCCACGUCCCAAACGUUGCCAUCGCAAGCCACGCAACAGCAGCAGCAGCAGCAGACCCAUCACCGUACGAAUAGUGCACCACCGGUUCCGCCAGUAUUACCACAGCAGCAACAGCAGCAGCUCCCACAACAGCAACCACAGCAGCCACCGCCACAACAGCAGCAACCGAAACCGAUCUAUGCAUCACAGCAGAGCAACAGCAGUACCAACAGUAUUACCUAUGGCAACAAUUCGCAACAAUAUCCGCAGCCCAUCUACGUAGCAUCGAAUCAAAACCAACAAAUGCUGAACCAAUCGGUGGUGCAGCAGCAACCACCGCCGCCGCCGCAACCACAGCAGCAGCAACAGAUCCAACAGCUCCCGCCGAAUCUGUCGAACGGUUCGAUCUACGCGACGGCCACCUGCUCCCCGAGUGCGACCAACAACUUGCCGAAUCCCAUCUACGCUGGCCAACAGCAGCAGCAGCUAGUGUCGCAACAACCACCGCCACCACCGAUGAUGUUGCCACCGAAUGGCUACGGUCCACCGAACGGUGCUGGUCCGUACGGUGUCGGGGUCGGACAACCGCAGUACGGUAUACCACCGGUUCCCCAGAUGCCAAUGCAAUCGUCAAUGCAGCCACCGCCACAGAUGCAACAGACGAGUGUUGCGGCACCACCACCACCACCCAUGAUGCCACUGAACUUCCCCAUGUCGGCCCCGUCGAAUAUUCCACAGCCACCCGCACCACCUAGUAUGCCACCGAAUCUCGGCAUUGCGGCGGCCCCGCCUCCACCGCCGCCACCACCCGGUGCGAACAUGCUUUCGUCGAAGUCGGGUGAAAUCAAUUCGUUGGCCCUCCAACUGGCCAGUGCCAAACUGAAGCGCAGCCAACCGCCACCACACAAGGGCGGCGGUUCGCCGGCGGCUGCUAUCAACGCCAGCGGCAGCGCCCCGGCGAAUCCCUCGUCCCUGUUGGCUUCGUCCGCCGGUGCCGUGGCCCCCGCCGGUGGCAGCAAUGCCGUGUCGUCCACCGUGACGGAGAACAGUGGCAGCAGCACAUCGAGCGGAGGUAGUGGUAAUUAUGGAACCAUAGGACGAUCGUCAUCCGGUAUGGCAUCGAUGAUGGACGAAAUGGCAAAAACACUAGCCCGACGACGAGCUCAAGCCGAGAAGAAGGAGCCGGACUCCAACGAGGACGCCGGUGCGUCCGGGUCACGCCAGCGAGCUUGGGAAAAAUCGAGUACACUACCGCACAAACUGGGCAGCAGUAGCUCCAGCGGAGGCGCAGGCGGUAGUACGGGUGGCGGUCAGGGCACUAGUAGCUUGAGUGGCUCCGAAUCACCGAAGCCAUCGCGGAAACGGUUUGGCAGUGCCAGCGAGGAGACGAUACUGAAGCAGAUCAAUGGUGGUGAUAGUUUCUCGCUGCCCACGGCCCUCGAGCUCGAGAAUCUGAAGGAGGACAUUCUGCGCGAAAUGCGCAGCGAAAUCGCGAAAGCGAAACAAGAAAUCAUAAAAGCUAUCAAAUCGGAAUUCAACCGUAGGUAAAUGGGGGCCCUCAUCACUCUCGGGGUUCUCGGCUUUUGCAGCAGCGCGGACGCUGUAUGGAUAAGAGGAAGCUAUUGCUACAUUUACACUAUAACUACUACUGCUACUACACAACUACUAUAACUUCUACUGCUAAGCACCGCAAGCAUCAUAGAGGCCAUGUAUGAGGCAGGGCCGGCCUCACGGCGGGACGCGUCAAUACGGACGGUUUGCAGAGAUGGGCCAGAGAUUCGGCGCACGACGAGCCACGGCGUGUAAGACACAGUUUGUCGCAUCGUAAAAAGUGAAGCUCA